AUUUCCAUGAUGGCAGCGCCCAUGAAAUAAUAAAAACUUCUCGGUUUUUCUUCAUUUCUCAGCUUGUAAAGCCAGGGUUCGCUUGUCUCCUUCCCACUGGCACUGUUCUGUUGCCUGUUGGCAAUUCCAGUUGAUUAAUAUACCGAUACGCCAGAUAUCAGAUUCAGAAGAUGGCAUCUGAGUUCCUUAGAGGGUCGAAGUUCCCCGACUCCGUCAGGAUAGCACUCAAAGAUAUAGAGAGGUGCGUACCUCGUGAUGAAGGAUCAGCCAUACCGGGUCUUAACCACGCUGAAGGAAAUGCUGAAAGGAUAGCUGAUGAAUACAUCUUCAUGUACCGAGUAGGACGACCAUUGCAGAGAUUUUCGGCCAUUCAAGAACUACAACUCCAAGAAAUAAUGAUCGAUUUCUUUGGCAAUGACAACUACGCUGGAAAAAUUAAGACCCAGGCCUUCCUCCUGCUUUUCUCCUGCAAAGGUUCUGCUACCCAUUACAAGGUGGAGCUGCUUUGUAAACUGGUUUCCAUGGCAAUAGCGCUGAAAACCAAGCCAAUUCUUGAUUACGCUGGAGCUUGGAUGAGAGAGCAGCAUUACUCCAGCCCUGGUUGCAUGAAGCUCGCCCAGCAUGUCAUUCAUGACUACUGCCUCCUUGUUCCUGGUGCAACCUCAAGCCUACAAGAACUGCCCAAAAUAUCAACCCCAUUCACUUGUAACAUCAUCACUGCCUUUACACAUGUUUACAGAUUGCAAGGUUUGAAACCUCCAGCCAGCCUUCCAAAUGGCUUACUAGAAGUGAUCACAGAAUGGGUGUCAAUAGACAAUAGUCUCUUACUGUACUCUGCAUUAAAUGCCUAUGGAUCAAACAUAGAGACACCUCUACCCGGCCUCAUCUCGUGGUGCAUUUACGCUCCGAUUCAGUUGCUUCAAAAACAACCCAAAAUUGAGGUAGAGGAACUACGACGGAUCAAUCAAUUGUAUUCAAAACUAUUCCUUGGACUUCUAAAUUCCUUAUUAUCCACAAAGACAUUAUUCAAUCCACCUAAAGAACUUUUACCACGUGCUAUUGUGAAGGACAUUGUUGAUACAAUUGUGACGUCUGCUAAGUUGCUACCGGAUGCUGGUGAACAUGACUGCCUCCAGGUGGUGCUGGAGAGGCUUGGACAAGUGCUACAGGUUGCCAUGGUAACGAAAACAAUAUUUACAGACAAAGCUACUCUGAAGCAGAUUUGUUCAAGCCUUCCACAAAACAGACUUCUGCAAAUUGUUUUGAACUGAAACCCUGCCAAAUUCUGAAGAAUCCGAGUGGCAUCUGCAUCGACUUCAAAAUAGAGACUGGUGUGAUCUUCUUGUCUUUUGUGACAGAAUUGCUUCUGAAAACUUCAAUGGAAUGCCUACCUAACAUAAACAAUCUUUGCUUGUGUCUGCAUUGUUAAAAAAAUAUGAGUGCUGGGCGUUUCAGUUGAACAGAUUUUUCACAGUUGUUCACUGGAGUGUAAAAUAAAAGUGAAACACGCCCUGCUGUCCUUUUUCUGUAUAUUUGUAGCUGGUGAUUUACACAUAAAAAACCAAUAAAAUAUUUUUA